GGUUUUGUGAAGAUCAAGCGUCUUGUAACUGUUUACCAAGGAGGCAAAUCAUUGUACACAAUUAACCAUGAACUAUCUGAAUUAGUGUCAUGCAAUAGUUUUCUAAGCACUGGUGGUGGUAUAUUUUACUUUGUGGCAGUGAAACAUUCAAAAGUUGGAUAUAAGUCUGUUCGAAGCGUUGCUCGUUCAUAGUCCCUACGUCAGACGUAAUGUACCCAGAAUUUGUAUUAUUUAUUACUAACCAACAAAUUUAAUGGACCACCAUUCAUUUGUUAUCCAUGUUGUAGGUGAAAGUUUACGUGGAACCACACUGGAUAAUUUAGAUAUCAGUCACAGUUCGGCAUUGUUACAACUAAUUACUGCACCACAUACUUCAACGACAAAUCCUGUCCAUUGUUGCUUGUAUAGUAAAGAUAUCAGAGUUAAAUGCUCUUAUAGAUUCGGAAACAUUAAAUCAAACAGCGCUAAACUGGUGACGCUAAACUCCAGAAGACUAUUAUCUCACCGAAUUUCAGAGAUAUCAAAUAAUAGGUGCUGA